CGUAACUAUCACUCAACGCGACGAUAAUUAAUCGAUAUUCUAACCCGUUUCUGAAUCAGCGCAUUUUCUGUAACGACAAAGCAUCUACCGUGGACGAAGUAGAAGUGGCCCAAAGAGUCAGAGCAACAAUAGUAGUAAUCGACAAUAAUUUUGUCAUCAAUUUCCAUCGAAUCAAUCUUGCGGGUCACCAGAUGCCAGACUACCAACAACGCGAAGUAUUUUAUGAAGGCUUUCGUAGAAAAGUAUUAAGGUGAAGUGACGGGCUUCCCCAUAGGCCAACGACGUCCACUGCGGAAACUGGCAGAAGCGUUAAGAGCAUCGCGUCUAGCACUAAUAAUAAUGGUAAUGUGUGAUGUUCGAUUCAAUCAUUCUGUGAUGAGCGUCAUAUUGUAACAGCGGCCUAGAAAGAACGGACAAUGUUAUAAAGGCCAUCGGUGUGCGACACUGCUAGGAGUGAACGUCUCCAUGAGUUCUACUCUCGUUCCUUCUAGCUAUAGUACGUGUAUCAACUGAAUCGGGCGGGAAACAAGACGAGAACUGCUGGCGUGUGAAUUAUUAUGUGCCGGAAAAAAGUGGGUCGUCACAAAUGUAUAAGUAGUCUUUAGAAAGAGCGUGCGUAUUGAGAGAACUCUGAUCGUGGUGAUGGUUUUAGUGCUGAUGUCGAUGAUCGGAGGGGUGUUAGUUGUGCCCGUGAAAUGCAAGCAGUGACCGUAAGGAGGUGUUAUGCAGCAAAUGUACACUUGUGCGAACAACGUCGUUGUCAGCGAGAAUCGACGGCAGGAGAGAGUGGCGAAGAAGUGCGUGAUUGCGCAUCGUGAUAAUUAUCCGCUAAUUUUAUCAGCAAAAAACAAACUGAACGCAUCAACAAAAAGAGCCACUGGAACUAACCUUAACUAAUUAUCCGAAAUGAAAAGCGGCACCGACUAGCCUGCAAGGCCAUUUUCCAGCGUCGGCUUCCUCAUUACAAUUACCACUACAUCAGAAUCCGCUUAACGCCAGCGUACGGGCACGCACCGCUAUCGAGCAGCCUAUUCGCCCGUCUCUAAACAAACCAGCUAAGCCGGAAAUAAGCACAAUUUAGCUGGUGAAAAUCUGCCUUUUAAACCCCUGCAGGGGCAGACUUCGCCUUUAUACCCAACGACAAAUUUGUGUAACUGCGCUGGUUCCGCAUGCAUACAUCUAGCUGGUGGACUUUAACGACGUCGCUUCCGACAUUGAGCAGAAUCCGUGUGCGUCGCCAGAAGAUAACGACAACGAAAACGCACCAGGGGAAAAAGAAGGAUACGGUGGUCGACGAAUCGCUGCCGCUAGUAGUAAUAAUCAUCAUAAUCAUAAUAACAAGUGAACGUUGUAAAGUAAAAAGUGCCGAACACGCGUCAAUCGCGCUGUUCAAGAUGACGCUUACGAAUGCGAUGCCCCAGCAAAACCAUCGGCGGCAUCGCUGACAGCCGCAGGCUUUUUGCGGCUCCAGGGAGUAGGCCCGAGGAGCUGGAAGGACCGGGAACACGGAGAUCUGUGGCCAGUCGACGAAGCGGACCGCAGUGGGGACGGCCGACGAAGGUGUUCGUGCCGUGGCUCGAAGGAUAAACACACAAUAAAGUCCGCUUUUAACUAGUACUAAACUAACAACUAGUACUGGUGGUAAUGAAAAUAGCAUAGGUUUCUAUCGUUAUUACAACCGCAGUCUUAAAAGCUACCCUGUUUACUCCGGUCGACGCCCGUCGUCACGAACGCAGCCAGACAGAUGAGAAUGGAAAUGGAGAUUCAGGGCGAUUCCCGGCAAGCGCUGCAAGUCCAAUCUACCUCGACACCGGGGGCCGUGUCCGCUACAAGUGGAUCCGUCGUCGGAUCAGCUAAUGGAUCGGCUAACGAACGGUUGAACGAAACGGCCGCUGCAGCGGCCGCCUUCGCGAUGGCGCACGCACUUCAACAACAGGCCCAACUCGCCCAACAGGUUCAACAGGCCCAACGUGAAGCGUUCGCUGCAGCGGCGGCGGCGGCCGCAGCCGCUGCUGCUGCCCACGACAAGAAUCAGAAACGCCGCAAACAGAGUAAACCUGUACGUGUCCUAGGGCAGCCAGCGACUGAGGCAGGGAGUGCCGGACAACCUGGCGGCGGAAGCGGCGCUGGGGGCGCAAGCGAUGAAACGACAUCUGGAGGUGGAGCUGACCUGUCCACUUGUGCAACAAUUGACGACGACAGCAGAUCGUCAGAAGCAUCGAGUCGUCUAUCAGCGUCGGCUAUAUCAAUAGCCACCGUCGCAGAUCUGCAAAAUGCGUUGGCCAUGCGAAAACGCAAACUGUCCGAGGACGAUACCAUGGCAGCGAGCGAUGGCAUGCUGGCGCCCCAGCGUAGUGCGAGCGCCGGUAGUGUCGGCGCAGGCAGCGGAGUUGGCGGUGCCACAGGCUACAACAGUAUACGAUGCCCCCAUUGCGGCGAAACGUUUAUCUCCGAGGAGGUUCUGAGGGCUCAUAUCGAAGAAGAGCACGUCCAGAAGCUGCUAGAAAAGCAGCUACAACAGUCGGGCGCCUACAGCAAAGGCGGGAGUAACAGUAACGGCGUGGCUAGUUCGCGACAGGAACGUGAACUGGCAGCCCUGGCGUCAAUGUUCCAGGCCGCUGGCGUACCAGCUACAGGCGCUGUUGGCGGCGAACGACGCGAUGUUGCGCCCCUCAGUGGGGCCGAUGUCGAGAAGAGCUUUCAGUUCCCCCAGAUGCCGCCGCUCGUUCCGAUCUCGCAGGCGGAUGGUCGGCAGCUUCAGCAGAUGAUGCCGCUAUCCAUGUUUUCUAAUCCGAUGGCGCAGUUCCUCUUCCCCGGCCUACCAUCGGCGGUCACGUCGGUUGCUGCAUCGGCAGCCAGCGCCGAACGCGUCGCAGAUCGCGCAGCCCCAGGCGGCCAGGGGAGUUCGCUACCCCCGUCGACGCCCGGUGGAAUGCGUAUCUUUAAUCCCGAGGCGUACUGUGAGCUGUGCAACAAGGAGUUCUGCAACAAGUACUUCCUCAAGACGCACAAGGCGAACAAGCACGGUAUCUACUCAGUGGAGUCGCUGGUCAGCACCCCCGGCGGCUAUGCUGGCCAGGGUGGUUUGCAAGGGUCGGUCCAGGGCGGCCAGGGUGGCCCCAUUGCCUCGGCUCCCCUCGCUGGCCCCCAGCAGCCCACACAACAGAGCAUCCUUAACCCCCAGCAGCAGCAGCAACAGCAGCAGCAGCAACAACAAGCGCAAAACCAACAACAGCAAGUUGCAACAGCUGCACAAGUGGCUGCUGCACAACAAGCGGCACAACAACAGGGCCUCUUGCCGAGCGGCGUACAGCAGAUGUUGGCAGAGCAGCAGCAGUUGCUAGCGUUGACGGCCGGCCGGCCAGGAGGUCAGCCGGGCCCUCAGCACCAACAGCAGCCAGGGAUUGUCAACAUGGAGUCGUUCUGCGAGAUCUGCCAAAAAGAGUUCUGCAACAAGUACUUCCUUAAAAAACACAAACAGAAGAUACACGGUAUCAUGUCCGAGCCCUCUACCCCUGGCGGAAGUGGCCCGGUAGCGGCGGCAGGCCAAUCGGCGCAGGCGGCAGGGAUGGGAACGGAGAAGGAGCUCAUAAUGGGCCAGGGGGACGCGAAGCGGGGUCCGGCAGCAGCCGCAGCAGCAGUAGCGGCAGCAGCAGCUGCGGCGGCAGCAGCAGCAGGUGGUGCUAUGGCCGGCGUCGCGAGCGAGGAUAAGUCCGACUUCCUGCUCCAACUCAGUGCAAAAUUCUCGGCUACAGUUCCGGCGCCCACACGAACACCGCCCGCUCCGUCACCCCUCGGCGCCUCACCAAUCAGCGCGCUCCUGCAAGAGGGCCUCGUCAAUUCUAACGUCGCUAACAACUCGGCAACAGCUGCAGCAGCAAUAGCAGCAGCGGCAGGCAGCGGGGCCAGCGGCAUUAACAUCCCGACAACCUGUUCCGCCUUAUCCCUAACGAGUCAAGGAAUAGUGACGAGUGGACAUUCUGCGGCUGCGGCAGCCGCAGCUCUGCAGAGUCCGUUCACUGCGGAGAAGCUGCGAGAAAUGGGCGUGAUUAACCCCGAGGCGUUCUGCGAGAUCUGUUGUAAGGAAUUUUGCAACAAGUACUUUCUUCGCACUCACAAGGCGAACAAGCACGGCAUUCCCGACCCGUUUCAGAAGCAAACGGAAAGGGCGUUACAAGAAGUGCCGGAGAACCUCACGUCGCGCGGGUCUGUUCCAGCAGGCGGGCAGCUCGUCGCUAUUAGCAGCAGUGGCGGUACAAUAAUGACAUCGGUCGCGAGCGCGGCAGCCGCCGCAGCCGCUUUUGGUGCCCUCGGCAAUGACAUCGAGCCGGGCAUGUUGCGAUCGGCGGCCGAUUUCGAUCUCUCUUCACGCAACGGCGAAUUUGGUUGCGACGUCUGCCAAAGAAGCUUUUCAAAUCAGUAUCUGCUCAAAAUCCACCGGUUCUACAACCAUAGCAUUCCGUACGUCAAGCAAGAGGAGCAAGAUAAACAACUAGCCACGAUCAGCAGUAUAACGGGUUUAGCCAGAAGCAGCAGUGAGCUAAGUGGGAUUAGCAGCGUGAACCCCACCGGGGAUGGAGCCGCGUCCCCAACGAAGAAGGACCUGUCGAAGGAUGAGGACGGCGAAGUUGUCAUGAGGAAGCCUGCCGGGCUAGAGACCGACCCCGAGUCCGAAAUGAAGACUAAAGAAUCUCAAAAGGCAGAUGAUGAGGAGGACGACCUCGGAACCUCGUCCCCCGAAGACGCUGCAAGCCAGGAUCUCCAGAAGCUGCAGAGCAUGAUCCGCGACCUGACCGCCACGAUCGCCAACGAGAGUCGCGUCAACUGCAACGUGUGCCGGAACGAAUUUGAGAACAAGUACUUCCUUCGCGCUCACAUGAUGAACGAGCACGGAGUCCUGCUCGGCGAUGACGGCAGCACGACCGAUCUCUUCGGCAACAGUACGACCGCCUAUUCGAACGCCGGCGGGGGUGGCGUUGACUCCGAGGCAUACUGCGACAUCUGUCAAAAGGAGUUCUGGUCGAAAUACUUCCUUAGGCAACACAAGCUGAAUAUCCACCAGAUAUCUGUCGACUCAACGACACCUACCCAGUCGCCGGGCGCUGGAGGAAACGGCGGCGGUGGUUCAAUAACGGGCGCAAAUCACUCGGGUCGCCGUGACAUCAAGAGUCCACGUCAGGCACCCUCGGCCCCGGCGACACCGCACGGGCCAUCAAUGCCGCACGGUCCAGCAGCUGACCAGCUAAGCCAGGCCACUCAGGCGAUGCAGGUAGCCCUGUUCGGGUCACAGCUAGGCGGACUCGUGCAAGGCGUCCAGGGUGGGAUAUCCGGCAGCAGCCUAGGAUCUAGUGGCCUCGGUGGUCAGGGCGGUAACGGGACGGCGCAGCUUUCUGGAGCACAGCAGCAUCACAAGCCGUCUGACAAGCCGUCUGUCCCCAUACCCCAACCUCCUUCAUCUACUGCCAACAGCGCCGCCGCACAGCGCAGCUUCGUUACGGGUAGAAACUACUGCAAUAUCUGUAACAAAGAGCUGUGCAACAAGUACUUCAUGAAGACUCACAUGCUCAAGAUGCACGGUAUCAACCUCGAUGAGCAGCCGGCCGAUGCGGCAAAGAACUCCAUCAUCGGUGGGGUCACCUGCGAGAUUUGCCAGAAGGAGCUGUGUUCCAAGUACUUCCUAAAAGUACAUAAGCAGAAUACCCAUGGCAUUUACGAAGACCCCCCCAAGGAGAAUUCCCUGUCAAUGGUCCCUGUCUCCGAUUACCUGUUCGGCGGGAGCCAGGCCGUGAGUCCCGGUGACCUGUCCUCUGUUGCCAUCGCAACGGCACAGGGGCUGACCGUGGGCUUAGACCCGGCAUCCCGCAAUUUAAGUCAGUACACCGAGGUGUGCCCGUUGUGCGACCGACGCUUCAAGAGCAUCAAAUGGCUAAAGACGCACAUGCUCAAUGACCACAGCGAUACCCUCAAGGAGAACCUGCACGUGCAGGGCAUCCCGGGCUCGCGAUUCCCGACAGCCUCGGCAGACACCGCCGGCGCCCUCUUGGCGCUCUUACCCCAUGCGGCCGCCGCCCACGCGGGCAGCCCCGCACCCCGUAUGUGCGUCGUAUGUGGCCAGGCGUUCCCGGACAAGGUUGCUCUGCAGAUUCACCUUAUCAAGGAGCACCGAACCUCGUCCGAGGAACUGGGUCUAAUGAACCUGAGCAGUCGGCCCUCUCCUUCCCGGGACACUUCGACGCCCUCCAACGACAAUAGCAAUGGCUCGGUGCCUACCGUCACCACUGCCACCAACACGCAAAUCGGUGGAAGCAUUAACAUUGCUUGCAGCGUCACCGGCGGAAACGGUGGGACCAUCCAGGCCCUGACACCUUUCAAACUGAGCAAUGGCGCAGCCUCACCAGCGCCUGUCUGCCUUCGCAGUCCCUCAGUCACCGCCGCCCUCCAGCAGGCACUGCAGGAUGGGCUGUUCAAGCGGCCGCCUACGGGUCAUCACGGCGGCAACAGCGAUUUGCCCCCUAUGUCACCGGGCAACAAGGUGGUCUACCAUUGCUCCUAUUGUGUCUACUCGACACGAUGGCUGUCGAAUCUAUAUGCGCACGAAAAAAGGCAUACGGGAGGAGUGAGUGAGGAAAAUGUGAAUGCCAAUAAGAGCAAAAACAGCAGCAACAACAACAGCAGUUCAAGCACAACCAACAAUAAUGGCGGCUUAAACAACAGUAACUGCGGCUCCGCCCACAACAGUGAAAGUAGCGGCAGUUUUGAACGACGUUUCAUAUGCCGGGUUUGCCAUCGCGCCUACCGCUUCAGUCAAUCCCUACAGAGGCAUAUGCUCAGUCACCGUUCCGGCAUGGUGGGAGCUGCCACGGGAGUAAAAAAGACAUCCCCCGCGUCUCCAACGUCGUCGGUUAUUGGUGGUUUGAAAGACGAUGGAACAGCUGCCGGAACAGCUGCCGGAACCGAGGGCCAGACCGGAGGAGAGCAGCCCGAGGAUUUGUCAAAAUCAGCGACGCCAACGAGUCUACCCCCGCCAUCGUUCGAAGGACAACCAAGUAACAUCAAGCGGCAUUAUCGUUGUAGCCGGUGUGCUACGCGCUUCGACACCAAGGAAUUGUGUGUGCAGCAUAUUCAGCAAUCGCAUUCGGGUCUACGGCGACUAGCUCAAUCUUCUUUAUCGGGUCUCGUACAGCAACAGCGUAAGAAAUCGCAUAUCGCGAGCUCUAAGCCAUAUAAGUGCCGUAUCUGCGGAUUCGGCACCCGCUCGUGGAAUGUCCUCAAGAUACAUAUCACCAAACAGCACCAACAUCAGGCACCCGGGUCUGGGGCCGGGACAACAGCAAGUGGAAGCCACCAUCAACAGCAGCAGCAGCAACAUCAUCUUCAGCUAAAAUCACAACAUCACCUGCAGCUAAUGUCCGAUGGUGGUGCCAACGGCGGCAUUAGCAUUACAGGCCUUUUGCAAGACGUCGAUCCGCUCCUGCCCGAAGUGUCAUUACUGGAGCAGGGCUCCGCGAUGGCCGCCGCCCUAAGCCGCACCGUCCCUCCGGUGCAUACGCCUCCGCCCGGCUUCACCGGCGCCAGCCUAAACAACAACGGCCAGCAGCUGCCCAUGACGUACGUGAUCCCACAAUCUGAACCGACUCCGUUUAUCCUGCAGCCGUUCCUCAUCGACCAUCAUCGCAAUAGCAGCAACAGCAACAACAACGGCAAGAACGUGGCCCAAUCAGAACUGCAAUCGGCCCAGCAAUCGCCAACAACUGUCGUCACAACCGAGGACAAGGACUUCAAGUUUGUACCAUCACUCGUCUAUUUGCCCGUCUGCAGAAAGGUAUCACAGCCAAUGACGGUUGCAUUUACUCUGACGCCCGCUUAAAGAACACAUGUCAUGGCGAAUCAACAAAAGCGCUUAUGUUAACAGCUCUUAUAGUGACGGAACAAGAUGACAGGACGACGGGGGGGAGGGGAGCUAUACAGGCGGCUUACUAUUCCUCGCCUCUGCUAUAGACGUUGUGGUUCUGGGUACCCCGCCCUCACCCCCUUGCAAAAUCUGCCCGAAAUAGACGAUCAGCGCAACAGUGCAUACCACCAUGCAAUUUAAUGGCAAUUUACUAAUACAAUACCGUGUGCGCGACGAUCUUCGUUCGUGUUGACUCACCGAGGAUGUGUUUGUGUGUAUGUGUGCGAGAAAGGAACAGAAAGAAAGCGCGAAUUGAGAAAAACACAAGCAGUUGAUGUUUAAACUAAUUCGCCGCCUUUCGUCUGCUGAACCCGCGGCCAUGCUGCCUUGGCUGUCAAAAGACAAAGUGACUGAUAGACCUCUGAACUCGGUUGAUACCUGUACGAAUACUAUAUAAUAUUAUGGAUCCCCCCGCCCUUCUUCUACUCGCAUGGGCUGGCCAUUUGCCCGAUUGACCAUUUGAUGAGUCGGUCAUCGUUGCCAAUAUUUCGCUACUAAUUCAUCGCCGCUGAUGCUGCCACUGCCGCCGUGGCCCAGUCGUUCAUUCGUUAGUUUGGAGCCUGUUGUUGUCGUUGAUGUCCCGCGCUGCCAGCCGAUCUCCGGCAACGCAGCUCGUGUUGUCUUGUCCAUCCAUAGCCAUUAUAAACAGAAACUAUAUGGUUACAUAUAUAUACCUCUCUUUUUGUCGAUGUGCACGACUCGAUUGAGCUUCACUUUUACAGCCUCCUCUCGAAUUUCAAGGGGAGCAGCAUAUUAAAGAAAUAGAGGGACAGACAGAGAGCGUUUCAAGGCCGCAAGCACGGCGCUCACGAGGGGACCUCGCCUACAAGUGGCCUCUCGGCGGCUCUGACCUCCCCGGACCCCGAAGUGAUAAUUGUAAUAUAAUCGCCGGGGCGGACGGAUCCACCGGGGGUGCCCGAUCUCACUCAGACGACGCCGCCACAACAACAAUAACAGGCAGACACGGUGCAGAUAGUCCGAUGCAGGGUAUAACUGCAGCGACAAGCUGUGUCGAGUGGCGGCGUCUGACGGGAGCGCGAGAUGUAUGAAAAACAAUAUAAUUUAACGAUGAGGAAAAGAUAGUGCCCGUGAUGAUGAUGAAUGGUAACAAUUAGUAACAAUAAUAACCAUCAUGAUGGUACAGAAACAGUAAUAAAAAAUUGAGCACGCACAUUCGCACACUUCGUCGCGCGCGUCGCUAGUUGGCAGGGAGGGAGGCCACGGUGAAAAGAAAAAAAUGAUCCAGAGACGAUCCGACGGAAAACUUACGGCCAUCUUUACUGGAUCCUCGAACCGUGCAACACCCGCAGCUUCAGGACGACAUACGGUUACACCAACAUAGGACCAUGUGCCUGCAAGGAAUAGGGCGACUGCUUUGACAAAGCAACAGCACGGCGAGAUACACUAUCGAAACAUAGAGGCCACAUCUAGAGGUCGUAAUAAUAAUGGCAAAAAGGAUUUGCGAUGUAUGUCUCAACAGAUAGGGCUGGACAAAACCGAAUGUAGAAAAAGCGCUACAGGAACAAGGAGCAAUGAGCAAAGGUAGUGACGAAAACACAACUGAGAAUGGAACAGUUCUUUGUGGAAAAUACACACACACAUACACACAGACACACACACACACCUAGA